CGGGCCUUCGCGCAGCCCGCGUCCGCAGCGCCCGCCUCGCCCGCGGGACCCGCCGCGCCCGGCGAGCUGGGCUGGCUGUCCAUGGCCAGCCGCGAGGACCUGAUGAAGAUGGUGCGGCCGCCCUACUCGUACUCGGCGCUCAUCGCCAUGGCCAUCCAGAGCGCGCCCGAGCGCAAGCUCACGCUCAGCCACAUCUACCAGUUCGUGGCCGACAGCUUCCCCUUCUACCAGCGCAGCAAGGCCGGCUGGCAGAACUCCAUCCGCCACAACCUGUCGCUCAAUGACUGCUUCAAGAAGGUGCCCCGCGACGAGGACGACCCAGGGAAAGGGAAUUACUGGACCCUAGAUCCGAACUGUGAGAAAAUGUUUGACAACGGCAACUUCCGGCGGAAGCGAAAGCGCCGCUCCGAAGCCAGCGGCACCUCCACGGUGGCCGCAGGGACCACAAAAUCGGAAGAAGGGUUGUCCUCAGGAUUGGGGUCCGGCGUGGGUGGGAAGGCCGAAGGAGACAGCCCGUCGGCGUUGCUAAGGCCGUCGCAGUCCCCCGAGCCUCCCGAGGGCACCAAGAGUACUGCCUCCUCGCCGGGGGGACCCCUGCUCACCUCCGCCCCUUGCCUCAACACCUUCUUCAGCAGCCUCAGCACCUUGAGUGUCAGCAGCAGCGGGAGCGCCCCGCGGCCGGUCCCCGGCAGCCGCCACCUAGGGAUCCAGGGCGCCCCCCUGCCCACGGGCACCUCGUUCCCCGCCAGCUCCAUCUCCGAAGCCCCGCCGGACAGCCUGCAGCUGACCAGCAGCGCCAGCAACGGCAGCAGCCAGAGGUCCUCCUACUACAGCCCCUUCCCCGCCAGCGCCGGCGGGUCUCAGAGCGGCCCGUUCAGCAGCUCCUUCCACAACUUCAGCAUGGUCAACAGCCUCAUCUACCCCCGGGAGGGCUCCGAGGUCUAGGACCAGCCAGCCCUCGGACUUGAAUAUGCACAGCUGAGGUCUUGUGAAAUGCAGAUCUCGAGGCCGAGGUCUGGGGCAGGAAGUGGGAUUCUGCAUUCCUCUGGAGGCCCAGGUGCUGCCGUGGCCUGGGAAUAGUAGAGAACGCUUCCUACCACCGGGCAAGCGGCAAGCGGUUACAGGUUUCUCUGGAGAGCAGGCCCCCUCACUCUGUUCAGGACAGUACCUGUGAGCCCUGUGGGGGCAGGGACCGUGUCUGUUUUGUUCGUCACUGUAUGGCAGGGUUAUGAGCUCACAUGUGUCCGAGGGCCAGCCAAAAUAACAAAAGAAUGAAGUUUAUCAGGAAAAAGGUAGCAGUUGGCCACUGAAGCAGGUAAGGGAAUGGUCGGGACUGACCAGCUAAAGGCUGCUGUGGGCCGCUUAGUUAUUUCCUGCCUGGCAGCAUCCUGAUUUUUCUAGAAAAGUCAGAUAUCUGGAUUUUUAUAGGAAACCUCCAUUUGCAUUUUUUUGCCACUAAUUAAAGUUUGUUUUGAAUCCUGCACUAGGACAUACCACAGAUCCUCUGAGCUAUAUCCAGCCCACCAUCACCUCUGCUUAGACUCCGUGUCUGGGCCACGGUACGUGCUGCCCAAGUGAGCCCCGGGUGCCGAGCGCUCUUUCAGACAGACACUCGGCAUGUAUUAGCUCAUUUAAUCCUCACAACAACCUUGGGAGAUAGGUGUGGUUACUACCCCUCAUCUUCUGGUGAGGGCCGUGUAACUCCAGGAUGGCAGGUAACCCCCCCAAGGUCACACAGAUAGUAAGUUGUGGAGCCAGGACUGGGUCCAGGCAGUCUGGCUCCAGAGCUGCUGCUGGAAGGUUUGUUCUGGUUAUAGAAAACGGAGGUGCCAUUAUCCAUAGGCAGACACAGCGACACAGCGUCUAGGGGGUAGGAAUGGGGGUAGGAAUGAACUCGAUCUCACUUGACCAAAGAUUUCUGGUUGAAGUAAGUAUCACUUGAGAUGUUGCCCUGAGCAGCAGGGACAGACCCUGCCUCUGCCUUAGGCCAUAUGCCUGAGUGAGGUCCGGGGUGACCAUGGUCCUAGCUAACUUGAUGUCCUCGCCCUUUCAGCAUGUGCCCUGGACUUUUCAUUUUUAAAACAAAACACUAGAACUUUAUUAAAAAUAGUUUUUAAAUGGAAUUUUUAUAGUUUCUUAGUAAACCAUUUGUUGUCAAAAUUUUUUAAUAUAAUUUAUUUUUAGCACUCCCUUUUACUUCUCAAGAGGUAUCUUCAUUUGAAUAGUGUUUAUGGUCACCCUCCCAGGGCCCAGCAGAGUGUCUGGUCCAUGGCAGAUACUCAGCCACUGUUUGAACUUACCUAAGAGGUGCUAAUUAAAAUGUGGAUAAUUGUUGAUUUAUUGGAACAGCCUCCAUUAAGAUGAAGAUAAUGUCCUGAAUUGCCUUUGUACCAAGUUGCUGGGUCUUUGAUAGGAACAUUGUUGGUUUGGGGAUUUAAUUUUUUUUUUUUUUUAAAAAAAAGGAACACAUGUACAUUGUAAAAAAAUUUUUAACUUUUCCCUGUGUAUUUUCUGAGACAGCAUUCCUCUUAAAUUUUUAUUUUGAAAUCUACACUACAGAAAAUUAUUUUUUAAACAGUUUAUUGAGGUACAAAUAACACCACUAUUACCUUUUAAAUAUUACAGAGAAAGACAACCAAAGAGACUACCUACCCCCAGAUUGUGUGUACAAAAACCAGUUUCUAUGGAUAUAUUUUUCUAUGUGAAAAAUCAUAUGGUCUUUUAUAAAUAUUGUUUCUAACACAGUUCUAUAUUUGUAAAUUAAUUUAUAAUGUGAACUGGGACAAAUUUUUUUUUCCCCAAGAAAGUACACUGCAUGCUGAGAAUCAUAUGAAAUAAACUCUUAAGUGGGAUGA